AUGGGCGAGAAAUACCUGAAGCAAGUGAUCGACAAACCGGUGUCAGAGGACGGAUCAGUGCCGGGAGGGCUGGUGUUCGCUGCAUCCAGACUCCAGGGAUGGGAACGCCUGAUGGAGGACUACUAUGUGUGUCGCCCGCACUUCGACGGCAACACAUCGUUGUGGGCUGUGUUCGACGGACAUAACGGGCCCGAAGUGGCCGAGUACGCGGCUGAGCACCUGCCAGAGAUCAUCAAAUUGAAUGGGAACUACCGGCGCGGGCAGUACGAGAGGGGUUUCGAGGAGGCGUUCCUGGCGUUAGACGAGCGUCUGACGGAUGGGACGGCCAGACGGUACCUCAACGCCAUCCGCCAAAAGCACACAGACCGUGGAUCCAUCCAUGUCCCGAUCCAUGGGUCACCCGAGCCGGGUGUCGACAGCGGAUGCACAGCCAUCGUAGUACUCAUCAAAGAGGGCCAGCUCUUCAUUGCACACAUCGGUAGCCCUCGGGCUUACAUCGUCCGCAACGGACAGGUGGAGCGCCUGACCAACGACCACAAGCCCAGCGACGCGGCCGAGAAGGCACGGGUGGUGAACGCCGGCGGCCGAGUGAUCGACGGCCACAUCAGUGGUCGGAUGCCGUUCUCGCGCGCCUUCGGCCACCGGCGCUACAAACGCGGCCCCGGCGGCCACAGCCAACGGAUGGUCACCGCAAAGCCAACCUAUAAGUCGGUGGCCGUGAACGCGACCGACGCCAUGUUGGUAGUCGUGUCGGCCGGUGUUUGGCGCGCUAUCCCUGAGGACACGGAUCUCAUCAAACUGUUGGGCGCCGACAAGAACACCAAACGGUUGUCUGCCGCCUGUGAGGGUGUAUUUCGGCACAUCCUCGAGAUGCCGGCCAACGGCACCAUCGGUAAGGAUAACAUGACAUCCGUGAUCGUCAAGUUCGACGGCUCCGGCCCCACUCAUUAG